GAGCAUCACGUAUAUAAGCUGCUCGACUCCUUCGAGUGCCACACAUUCAGUUUGCAAGCACCGCAGCGAAAGGACCUCGAAAUGAGCAUCAGCACGUUCAACUUUCAGUUCUACAACUACAAAUUGCCAGCGGCAGUGCCGGUAAUGACCGCGUCCAGCUUCAGCGAGCUUGAAAUGGACAUCGAUGAGGAAAUGGGAGCGACGACACCCAUUACCUCGACUCCACUGCCAUCAGCGAAGCAACAAACCACGCCACGUUUCACCAGCGAACUGGCAUUGGCAAUUACCGGACCCGGCUCAGUUGUGAGCAGCCCAAAGCCGUUGGCAAAACCGUUGCAGGCGCUGCGCCCGCAACUGCACAAGUCUCAGAAGCGCCUGUCCAUGGAGCUGCGCGAAAAGGUGUUGGAGAUGUCCAAGCGCAACAACGCCUCCGAUAGGGAGGAACAAGCAGAACCAGAACCAGAACCAGAACCCCAACUAGAUUGCACCUUCAGUGGCGUCAACAACAACGAAGCCAGCAACGAUGAAACCACACGCAGUGUUAGCGACAAAAUCAACUUCUUCAACAAGCUAACCAACACCUUUGAAUUCGCUCGAGGCUCUGGCCAGAGCAAUAACAACAACAAUCGCUUCAUCUCUCUGCUACGCUCCAGCCGGCCAAUGAGUGUGGCAUCCACGGGCGCCAAUGGACAAGUGCCGCCACCGAAACCCAAGCGCUUAGGUGCCACACUACACCAGUUUGCCACGCCCCACCCAAAGCCGCCCACAGGCCACAGCAACAACACAAUGCAACGCAAAUGCUCGUUACGCCGCAAGCCAUCCAUGGAGAAAUCACGGGCCACCAUUGCUCGACAAAAUUCGAAUGCACAACUGAGACCACAACGUCAUGCCAUGAUGGAGGAUCUGAGUCUGGUGGUUCCCGUUCGACUCCGCAUUGCCGAAUACGAGCAGCGCAUUUCGAUGAGUGCAUAGUAAUGCAAUUAACAUCAAUGCAACAAUGCAACAUUCAACACUCAACAUUCCAGCAGACCACGAUUCUGGUUUUGUUAACAAUUUAGUGCUAGCUCCCAAGGAUACCCUAACUUUUAGUUAUUAGUCAUAUAUUAGUCAUACGCCAUGCUUAACAUAAGAAAAUUUAAUUUGACAAACGUUUUGAGCAAUAAAUCAA